CACUCUCUCACUCACUCUCUUUCCCUCCCUCUUCUCUUUUCAAAUGUGUAUAUAAACUGCUCAGUUUACUUCUGGAGCUAAAUUGAUUAAGGAAAUCGCCUAAUAAGGUGACACAUAUGAAAAAAUCUUUGGGAUAUCAACUUCAUGCUUGGUGGACUUUGGACUGUCAUUGAUAUUUUACAACUGCAAAAGGACAUUGAGCUCUACAAUGCUUCAAAACAGCACCCAAGACAGAUAUAUGGAAGCUGUUGUCAGAAGUUUCAUCUUUGUUCUUUUUGGGACCAUAAUUAACUCCAUCAAUGGAGUGCUUGUCUUUACAUUCUUUAGGAGUUCAAUUUUCUACAGUGAUCCAAGAUAUAUAUUAUAUAUUCAUUUGGUUAUUAAUGAUACGCUCAUGGUUUUUUUCAGUGUAACUCUUUCUGUGAUGAGUUAUGCAUGGCCGAAGGUUCCUUUCCCAUUCUGUGUCAUCCUUUUAAUAAUAGCUGCAGCUACUUAUAACAACACUCCUCUGACUUUGGCUGGUAUGGCUGUUGAGCGUUACAUUGCCAUCUGCAAACCACUGCAUCACCAUCAGAUCUGCACAGUGCGCAGGACAUACAUCCUCAUCUCUCUGAUUUGGGGUGUCAGUGUUUUACCAGGAUUGACUGACUUGAUUAUCAUAGUAAUUGUUCGUCCUUUAUCUGUCUUUACUACAAGUACCCUUUGUAGUUCAACAAAUGUGUAUAACACACCAUACAAUGAAGAACUGAGCAAAGUAAAGAAUAGCCUGUACUUAUCUGUUGUGUGGGUAAUUCUUGUAUUCACAUAUUGUCAAGUUCUGAUUGCGGCCAGAAGGGCCUCAGCUGAUAAAUCCUCAGCAAAAAAGGCCCAAAGCACCAUCCUGUUACAUGGAGCACAGCUUCUGCUCUGUAUGUUGUCCUACAUUACUGGUAUCAUAGACAAGAUUUCUGCUCAACUUUCACUAGAUGAUCAGAAAAAAGUGACCAUUCCUAAUUACUUUAUAACAAACUUAUUACCACGACUGCUUACCCCGCUGAUUUAUGGUGUUCGAGAUAAACUUUUUUAUAAUCACAUGAAAAGACUUUUUGCAUGUAAAUUACUUACUGUAAAGGUUGAAUCAACCAAACAGUGAGAAAAAAAGGGUUUUAAUCUUGCUGUAAAUUGUUUCCUUUUAUUUACUGAAACCGUGCUAUUUUUAGUAAGUUAGACAUCUUUGGUAAUGCUUACAUAUUUUAAUGCAAUCAUAAAUUAUACAAUUUUUAAAAAAGAAUGGAUGGCAUAAUAUAAUAUAGCAUAUAUAUAUAAUUUCGCAAAUUCUUAAUGCAAGUGUAUUGCACUUUGAUGAUAAAUGAUUUGCAACACUUGAUGCAAAUAUGCAAACUUGA